UCAAGUGGUAAUAACGUCACAAGUGUUGGCACACACUCUCGAUGGAAGGAUGUGUUCUCCUUUCGGUCUCAGCACAAAAUCCCUAAAAUUAGAUCUUUAGAGUGAAUAGAAUCGGGGAAUAAUGCUACAACUCUCUUCAUUAAGAUAGGGAAAACAAUGUUCUCAUAUCUUUGAUUUUAGAACAUCAUUUUUGAUAGGAAAACAAUCCUUUUGUAGCUUUGAUUUAACGUUAUUUCUGCAAGAAAUUUGUUUUUCUUGUAUCUUUGAUUUAAUAUUAAUUUCGAUAGGAAAAUAAUGCUUUUGCAAUUUAUGUUCUACUAUUAUUUCGAUGGGAAAACAAUACUUUUGCAUCUUUGACUUAUUAUAAGAUCGAUAGGGAAAUAAUGCUUUUGUAAUCUGCGGUCUAAAUAUUAUUUCGAUGAAAAAAAAUAAUGCUUUUGGAUCUUUUAUUUAGUAUCGUUCCUAUUGCAGCUUAAAUCUAACCAGCGGAAUUUUCAACGAUAAUGGAUUUGAUUGGAUUAAUGUAUUAGUCUUCACUCUUCAAGACUGUUUGCUGAUCGGAAAUUAAUCCAAUAUGGAAGAUUAUUCACCGCAGGAGUGUCGCGGUUAUUUAAUGACUUUGCAAAGCACUUUAUUAGCGGAAUGCCAGCAGGUAACGGAACGGAGUGAAUUUUCUCGAGCCAAUAUUAUGGACGUUGGAUGUUCGUACGGAGCUACAACGGCUCAAAUAUCAGAGUAUUGGCCCCACAACCGCGAAGUCUUGGGAAUUGAUUCAAAUAAAAACGCUAUCAAUUACGCGUUCACGUUCGUGGCUGAUGAGAAUAUGGACUUCACGUACGCGAAUAUCGAGGACCAAAGUACUUUUGACCUGACGUGGGCUGCGAAAUUUGAUUGGAUUUUCUCAUCACAAGCUUUGUUCUUUGUGAGGGAUCAUGGAGCCGCCCUCAGAAAUCUCAUGUGGUGCAUGAGACCUGGAGGAAAAUGCUUUAUCGCUGUUCCGGCUGCUAAACCAGCUGAUUUUCAUGUCGCAGCUAGAAAAGUAUUAGCAGCUGAUUGCUGGAAACAAGCUUUUGAACCCAUCUCUGAUUUGGUAUCAGAUAUGACAGAAAACAAUUGCAAUAGGCUUUGGUUCCACCACCCCCAUGCAGACAGAGUCUAUUCAGCUCUCUUAGAACAGGUUGGAUACCAAAUUCUGCACACAAAGCUCUUCGACUUCCGUUACAUUUUCUCCUCUGGUGAUGAAUACAAAGCCUGUCUACGAAGCUUGAUACGAAAACCUCUUCAGUAUGUGCCAACAGAAAAGUCGGAGAGUUUUCUGAAAGAAUUCCAAAAAACUGCAAUGAAAAAAGCUAAGAAGACUCCAGGCGGAUCCGUCAUUUGGAACCUUAAGUAUGUUCUGGUUCUUGCCAAGAGACCCGAACAGUAAAAAUAAAACUCUAAAGAAACUCUUCACACAAAAACUUUCAUAUAUUUCAUUUUCUUUAUUCUUAGAUAUUAAAUAUCAUUUUAUGUUUCUAUAA